AUGCCUAUCAAUCAACCCUCCAACCAGAUCAAAUUCACUAACGUCUCAGUCGUGCGACUCAAGAAGGGCAAAAAACGCUUCGAACUAGCCUGCUACAAAAACAAACUCCUCGAAUACCGCUCCGGCGCCGAAAAAGAUCUCGACAAUGUCCUCCAAGUCCCCACAAUCUUCCUCUCCGUCUCAAAAGCCCAAACCGCGCCCUCCGCCGAACUAGCAAAAUCAUUCGGCCCCGACAUCCCCCAAGACGAAAUCCGGCAAGAAAUCCUCCGCAAAGGCGAAGUCCAGGUCGGCGAGCGCGAGCGCAAAGAGAUCCAAGAGCGCGUCGAGAAGGAGAUGCUGGAUAUUGUCUCGGGGAGGUUAGUCGAUCCAGGGACGAAGAGGGUUUAUACGUCGGGGAUGAUUUCGAAGGCGCUGGAUCAGUUGAGUUCGGCGAGUGGGCAGCAGGCGCAGGCGCAGAGUGCGGAGGCUGAGAGUGCGAGUGAGGAGGGGAGGCCACAGCAGCCGCGGAAACCGUUGUGGAGGGGCGUGGAUCCGAAUAAGUCGGCGAAGAGUCAGGCGUUGGAAGCUAUGAAGGCGCUUAUUGCGUGGCAGCCGAUUCCUGUUAUGCGGGCUCGUAUGCGUCUACGGAUUACUUGUCCUGUGAACCUGCUCAAACAGGCUAUCAAAGCUGCCCCUGGGGCCGCCAAUGGCGGCGCAAACAAGAAAGAGGAACCAUCUAACGGUGGGGGACCAUCGAAACCCAAAAAUAAGAAAGGCGGGAAGGGCAACAAGAAAUCACGGAAGGGCGAUUCAGACGAUGAACUCGAUGCACCCGCACCACCUGCAAAGGAAUCGAAACAAUCCGCAAAAGACUCCGACGCAGAAACACCAACAAAAACACCCGGCACAGUCAAGGACAAGAUCCUAAGCUACAUCGAAUCCGUCGAAACACAAGAAGUUGUCGGCGGAGAUGAAUGGGAAGUCGUGGGGUUUGCGGAUCCGGGAGCUUACAAGGGUUUGAAUGAGUUUGUGGGCAACGAGACUCGUGGUAGAGGUAGGGUGGAGGUUCUGGAUAUGACAGUUACGCAGGAGGAGUAG